AUGACUUCGUUCCAUCUGAGGGUAGACCCAUCGACUCCAGCAACAACAAGACUUUCCGAGCAUGACCUCAGUACACAGUUGGAUGCGAUGCAUUAUGAGACAGCUGAGGCGGAGAGUGCGCGUCUGGUGCUGCAGCAGAGGAUAGAGCGAUACCUGGUGCUGAUGGAGGAGGACGCGCAAGCCAUGGAGAAGCUUCGAUUGGAUAACAAGAUACUGUUGGCUGACCGUCAGGCGGUCGAACGUGCUCUUGAGGUUGCUACUGACGAGAUCGCCGUCCUCAAGGUGGCAGUCGUACGCCCUCAGGGUUCUGAUGCAUUCGUUUGUCAGCCUCUCUACUCUCGCGAUGAAUGCAGCACUCCUCCUCCAACUUCUCUAAGUACUUUCGAAACGCGUGGCAACGAACCCGCCUCGAGCUCAGAUUCGCUCGAGGGUAUCAAACACAUCGUCGCUGGGUGCAUUCGCGACCUCUUCCUUGACACCUCUGACGAAAUCACGGAAUUCUCUUCCCACGGAAGUUCAUCCUCAGGUAUCCAUCCUACUGUCCCGCUUUCCUCCGCGGAUUUGAAAGAACUGCAGAGCAACGUCCAGGAGACCUUGCAAGGGAAGUUCAAGAAAUGCUUUGAUGGUCAAGUCUCAGAGCUUAGUGAGCGAGUAAACAAGGGCGCGAAACGCAUAUGGGCUCUGGAGGAAGAAACCGAGAGGCUGAACCUCGCGAUGAAGUGCGAUCGCCAGGAUCGAGCACGUCUGCAGGAUGAACUGGAAGAAACGAAUGCACAAGCACGUGAAGAUGCCACCGAUUAUGAAACGAGACUGGGGAGAGCCGAGGAGGCUGGAGCAGUGUUCAGGAAGAAGAUCGAGGCGGUGGAGGAAGCGAACAAUCAGCUCCGCUCUGUAGCAGACCAGGACAAGCAGGACCGCAUGCGUCUGCAGGAUGAGAUACGCGAGCAGCGAAGCACCAACGACAUGCUCAAGUCUGACGUUCAGCAACUCCGAUCCGUCAACGCUUCCCUCACACAACAGUUCGAUUUGAAGCGCAUGGAUGCACAGACACUCGGAAACGAGCUCCAGACACUGAAGACGCGCCAUGAAGAGACGCAGACUCUUCUCAAAACCCGCACGCACGAGCUCAAGCUCGUUCAGGGGCUGACCGCGCUGAGUACCAGGCAAGACUCCCUCUCGAGUGCAGACGUCGUUUCCUUGCUCGCUGCGUUCAACACAGAAGCCACGAAUACGGCUUUCGCGGUGGCUGACUCGUUCGAUUUUUCUUUCGCCAAAGUGCAGGCGCGCAAAGGCGGCGUCGCCGAGAUGGAGGACGCGCGCAUGAAGCUACAGGACAUUAUGGGCGCCUCGCUUCUCGACUUGCUCCGACGAGUGAGGCAUGACGAAAACUCGACGCUUAUCCAGAUCGCGCUGCAAAGCUCGAUUGUGGAGUUUUCGCGGUGGAUGAUCAGUACUUGGGAUUAUGACGUGUUGCAGGCGGAGCAGCCGUUAAUGGAGGUGUACCAGAACAUACGCGAGACAGAAUGCCAAAUGGUCGCGGGCCGCUGGCGCGCGCUCACCCGUACGCACGCACAAAAGGUCGCCUUCCGCGAAGACGCACAUCAAACCGCCCUCCUCAUUACCAACCUCACUGAGGCGCUCGUCCUCGUGCUCGUCGCCGCCGGCUGCGUGUGCACGUACGACGAGACAUCCAAACGCAUCGCGUCCGCGUUCGGUGCACGCAUCUCCGCGCUCGUUGACAUGGCCACGCGCCUGAACCGCGCGAUGGGCGCAGAGGUAACAUCGGCCGACCUGUGGCCGGCGUAUAUCGAUUUUGGCAAGGUUUUCAACGGGGAUGAUAUGCGCGGUAUGCAUACGGAAGAUGGUGGCGCGCAGAAGGGCCAGGUUGUGCUAUGCACAACGGAGCUCGGCUUGAUCCAGUCCGUAAAGACGCAGGAGGACGAGUUCGAGACGACCAUUCUCGUCAAGCCCAAGGUCGCGCUCGAGAACGUCACUAACGCUGUGAAGAUGAAUGGUCGGCGUUGAAGCUGAGCUUUGCAGAUCAGAUCAAGCCGUCAACCCUCUGUCUUCUCCUCUUCUCUUGAGCGUUUUGUGAAUGACCGUGACGUCUCUUUGACGAAAUGAUGUACGAUUGUUUGUGCGAUUCUUGCCUUCUUUCUGUGUUGUCUCGAACCAGUCUAAGAGGAAGAUCCAUAUUGUCUGCAC